GAAGAAAUUAAUUAUCGUUUACGGAAGCUUAGUCUUUGAAGGAAACUUUGCUGAAAUGUUUACAAAAAAAGUUGCAAAAUCAUUUGAAAAUCCGCAACCACCUCCUCCGCAAAUCACUUUUCAGGGCCGUAAAUUACCUGAUCACUUGAUCAAUCUCGCCUCACCUUCUGGCAAGGAACUUUUUAAACAAGCGCUUAAUGAAAGUUAUGCCGAGGGUUAUUUUAACUUGUCUAGUUGUUUUUCACAUCAGAUGGAACCAGCUUAUUGUGGUUUAAGUUCUUUAUCAAUAGUUCUUAAUGCAUUACAAGUCACAGGUGCUCCGGUAUGGAAAGGUCCUUGGCGAUGGUGGUAUGAUGAGCUUUUAAAUUGCUGUGCUGAAAUCGAAGAAGUGAAAAAAUCUGGAGUUACUUUUGAUCAAUUUGCAUGUUUAGCAAGAUGUCACUGUUACACUGUUGCUAAACGCGCUAAUAAAGUGUCAAAAGAAGAAUUUAUUUCUGAUUUAAAGGCCGUUUGUUCUCGUUCCGAUAUUUUUAUGAUAAUCUCUUUUUCAAGGCAAGCCCUGCAACAAACUGGCGAUGGUCACUUUUCGCCAAUUGGAGCAUAUAAUCAUGAACAAAAUAUGGCUCUUGUAUUAGAUACUGCUAGAUUCAAAUAUCCAUCGUACUUUGCUUCUGCUGAUUUAUUAUACGAAGCUAUGCUCCCAUUGGAUAAGGAGACUAACUUGCCACGAGGUUAUUUUCUCCUUUCUUCGUAUGAACCCCAAAAACCCAUUUCUCUCUGUAAAUUGUCUCAAGAUGCAAUAGUAAACUGGACUUCUCUCGGAAAAACUUUCUGUAAGGAUCUUCCUGACAGAUUAAUUACCGAAAGGCCGAAAACUUUAGAGGAGGCGGUAAAAGUGAUUUUAAAUGAUCCGUUUAUUAUGUCACUACAUGAUUCCAUGCAAACUGAUGUAGAUAAGUCCAGUUCUGAAGGGAAUCCGGAAUCUGGAGAACAAUACUUUAGCACUUUACUUAACGAUAUCAUCAUGUCUCCUUUAUAUUCAAUUGUUAAAUCAGUGUUUAAGAAGCAAUCGCCGCCUCCAAAUCAGUACAACGAAACUCAGAUCUCCUUUGCUACCCUCUUCCUUCUUUCAUUUCCCACCAAUUUAUUCACGAGUUUGUCUACAGAGUUAGUAAUUGAAUUGGAACAAUAUCGCGAUCAUACUAAAAUGUCUUCUGUGUUAAAACAUGAAGUGGAAAAGAUAAAUGAAGAAGUUACGGACUUGAUUGGGAAUUUUUGCUCUUGUAGUAAGACAAAUGCAAUACUUUCUAACGAUUUGGAUAGUUCUAAAGCAGAUAUAGUAUGCUGUCAAGCUAAAAACUAAAAAUAGUUUGUAAGUAAAUUGUAUAUUAGGCCGAAUCAAUUAAAAAAUGUUUCAGAUGUAUGUAAAACUUUGUAUAACUAUGUGUGAUAUUACAUAAUCAUAUUUAUAAUUUAAUAAAUUAGCCACGUUUAUACGUAUAUCA